UCGUAACUGGGAUAUGAGCGAUGCUGCAGUGGUGUGUGGAGAACUGCACUGUGGAGAAGCUGUAGAUGCACCACGAUACGGUCACUUUGGACCAGGAUCAGGACCAAUCUGGAUGGUGUAUGUGGGCUGUAGUGGAUCAGAGUCGACACUGAAGGACUGUAGUUCAUUAGGGAGAGGGGAACGUUACUGUAAUCAUGGUGAAGAUGCUGGAGUCACCUGCUCAGGCCCUAAGUCCAUCAGACUGGUAGGUUCUGGAGGAGACUGUGCAGGAAGGCUGGAGGUUUUCCACAGUGGUUCAUGGGGAACGUGUGAUGACUCUUGGGGUAUUGAGGAUGCAGAUGUGGUGUGCAGACAGCUGCAGUGUGGACGGGCCCUCAGUACCCACACACCAGCCUGGUUUGGUCCUGGAACUGGGUCCAUAUGGCUGAAUAAGGUGAAGUGUGAGGGGAAUGAGACGUCCCUGUGGAACUGCAGAUUUCAGCUGUGUGAAGAGGGUGAAUGUGGACACCAGGAGGACGUAGGAGUCGUGUGCUCAGAGUUUAAAGAGAUCCGACUCACGGGGGGCUGUGAGGGGAAUCUGGAAGUGUUCUACAAUGGAACCUGGGGUAAUGUGUGUCACACUCAGAUGAAUGAUGAAACAGUAAACAUGGUGUGUCGAGAGCUGAACUGUGGAACAGGUAGAAGUCUGAUAAACACUGAAGCUCGAGUAGAAUCUGCUCCUAACUGGCUGGAUUAUCUGAAGUGUAGGAAACACGACUCUAAUAUGUGGCAGUGUCCAUCUUCACCCUGGGGACAGAACAGAUGUGAUAAUAGUGAUGAGGUGGCACAUAUUACCUGCACAGGUGGUCCACAAGAACACUGGUCUCUCAGGCUGAGUGGAGGAAAGGGAAGCUGCUCUGGGAGGUUGGAGGUGUAUCAUAACGCUACAUGGGGCUCCGUUUGUGAUAAUCAGUGGAACAUCAGGAACGCUCAGGUGGUGUGCAGACAGCUGGGCUGUGGGUCGGCGCUGAGUGCUGAUAGGUUUGGUCCUGGUGAAGGGACUGUCUGGCUGAACAGAGUGAAGUGUCGAGGGGAUGAGAUUCACCUGUGGGACUGUCAUCAUUCCUGAAGAAACACACUGACUGCUCUCAUGCUGGAGUCACCUGUGCAGACGUAUCUGCAUCCACCACUUCUACAACCAAAUCAACAACAAUCACCACCACAACAGCCAGAAGAACCAGUCCAAGAACAUCACCUCCAUCCACCCCUCCACUGGUUCUCUUUGUGUUGGGGACGCUGCUCUUCCUGGCCUUAGUGCUUCUGGUGGUACUGUUUUACCAGAACAGAGUGCUCAGGAGAGUGGUCUCUAAGAGGAGGCGUAAGACUCAGCCUGAGGCAGUCUAUGAGGAGAUCAACCACAGAUACAUCACUAGAAGAAUCACAAGCUCCACUCAA